GAAGAAGAAACUCCUCUGGAGUCACGGAACCAAGUGGUCGCCAUGAGUUUUGAGGAAAUCCUCAAUGAUGUCGGCGGCUUCUCCAACUUCCAGUUCCUGGUUCUGAGCAUCCUGUGCCUCCCACGGGCCAUUCUGCCGCUCCACUUCCUGCUGCACAACUUUGUGUCGGCGACGCCCGCUCACCGCUGCGCCCUCAGGAGCCGGGCCGGCCACCUCGGGACCCCAGACUUUACCCGCCCGGACGACGGCAUCUGGAGCUCGUGCGGCAUCUACGACGCGGAGCUGACGACCGGCAACCUGACCCGGGAGAAGAACUGGACUGGCCCUUGUCCUCACGGCUAUGUCUACGACCGAUCCGAGUUCAGCUCUACCACCGCCACAGAGUGGGAUCUGGUGUGUGAGGAGCAUAGACUGAAUCAGGCGUUGGCAACGUAUUUCUUCCUGGGGGUUACCUUUGGUGCCAUCCUAUUUGGACAUCUCUCCGACAAGUUUGGCCGAAAGAUGAUUCUCGUGGCGGCGUUGGCGGGCACCACCAUGUUGGGCGUUACCUCAGCCUUCUCCAGCUCUUACGUGAUGUUUGCUGUGUCGCGGGCACUGAGCGGCGUGACGCUGAGCGGCAUGUCCAUCAUCGGCACGGUUCUGGGCAUAGAGUGGACGGACGUGAAGCACCGCACCCUGACAGGCACGAUCAUCAGUUUGUCGUGGAGCGUGGGCAACAUGCUGCUGGCCCUGCUGGCCUACGCCAUUCGAGACUGGCGCCACUUGAUGCUGGCAGUGACAGCGCCGUGUGUACUGACCUUGAUCAGCUGCUGGUGGCUGCCUGAGUCGGCCCGCUGGCUGCUCGCCAACGGUAGGACCAUAGAGGCCCGCGAGUGCCUUCUUCGCUGCGCCAAAAUGAAUGGGAAGAAUGCCAGCCGACUGCAGCCAGAAUUUCUGGACAAGGCGGCAGCGUCCGACGUGGCCAACAAGACUCAUUCCUACUUGGACCUGCUCAAGACUCCUCAGCUGAGGAAGAUUACAUUGGUCUCCGGACUCUUCUGGUUUUCCGUGGCCUCCUUGUACUACGGCAUCAGCUUCAGGAUCUCAGGCUUUGGUGUCAGCAUCUACCUCACGCAGUUCAUCUACGGUGCUAUCGAAGCGCCUGCCAAAAUCCUGACCUACUUUGUUCUGGACUGGAUCGGGCGGCGUAACGGUCAGGCGGGGUUUCUGAUCAUGACUGGAGCGCUCAUAGCCGUCAACGCUGCCAUCCCGCUUGACUUGUCCGUGCUUCGGACCUGCGUGGCUGUGGUGGCGAAGGGCUUCUCUGAGGCGGCGUUCACCACUGCGUUCCUCUACUCAGCUGAGCUUUUCCCAACCGUCCUUCGGUAGCCGAUGCCGCUAGCAUGUUAACAGAGCUAACCCUAGAAGCUUUCAUUGGACAGGCAGUGCGGAAUCGGCUACACUUCCUGCCUGGGUCGCAUCGGGAGCUCGUUGGCCCCGAUGAUUAUGCUUUUGGAGGACACU